GAGAAGAGAGAGAGAAGAGGGUUGGAGGUGUCAUUCAUUUGCCUUUCCCGUCUCUCGCUAAACAGUAGGUAUGUGUAUGUUGUACAUAGCUAGGUAGGUAGGUAGAUAGUAGAGCCCAUAUAUUUCCUCUAAGCCACCCCAACGUGCCUUGUGGCAUGCCUAGACUAACCCGAUAUACCUGUACCUAUCUACUUUGAAACAGCGUUCAAAUUUACCAGCAAUUUCUGUUUGUGAGAGGCUGUGAGAUGAGCAGGGACACAGUAGGUACUCGGCACCUGGGCGCAGCUCUUGGUGAACACCAAGAAGAAGAAGAAGCAGAAGAAGAGGAUAUCCAUCCGACUGAUCGACAAACCUUGCCACUUUCCUCCUCCUCCUCCUCAUCAUCAUUCUCCCUCCCGCUCCUUUAUCCUCUCCUUCAAACUUCACAACAUCGUAGUCCGCCUCUCCCCUCCAUCUCUCCUCCACGUCCCGUUGAACACAUAACACGUCCCCCACCAGUGCCUGACCCUGCCACUGGAUGCCACUGUAGGCCCUACAACUUAGUGUACAUAGUACACUACUUACUUUGCCUAAGGCUACCUAGGUGCCAACCUACAGUUAGUGUCGGCCCUGUGAGGCCCACCCAGCCCCCCAGCGUCGUUGUUCAGCCAAUCCCCCCCAGCGGCCCAGCCCAAGUUGCACCUUGCUUCGUAGCAACUCCCUCGUUCGGCAUCUCACCACCACCACCGCUCGGUCUUUCGCCAAGUCAUCAUCAGCAAUCACUUCUAGCCACUCGUUUCCUUGUUUCACUUCAUUCUCCUCCAUCCUUCAUUCGUUAUUGCCGCGUUUUCCCAUCGAAUCCCGUUCUCCCAUCUUGUCUAGCCGACGCGACGCCUAGAUACGCCAGUUUUUGCAUCUUUUGAUUGAAAGGCCGGCUCCUCACAUCCGAGGAGUCACGCUUUUGUAGCCAAUCUGGAUUUCAAUCAGCACAACCGGCCUUUUCCGGCUGGAGACAACGCCGGAUUCCACCAGAUCUCUUCCUCACAAUCCU